UGCUCUUUGUUUGCAUCUCGGUGUCAAUCACCAAUCUCCAGGGUGAACACUUGCUUCUGAAACGUAAGCACACUUAGGUUUCGCUUUCAGCAGAGACAAAAAAGCUGAGUCACCCCGUUCCUCUCCAAUAGAGGAAGAGGUGAAGACAUGGCUCCGACGUUGUUUGACCAUGAUGCAAAGCCAGGAGACUUGAUCGAGAUCUCCCAUGGGAUGUAUGAGCACUGGGCUGUCUACAUCGGAGGAAAUGAAGUAGUUCAUUUGAUACCUCCACAUGAUGAUUCAGGGGCUUUGGACCUGCUUACAUUCCUGGACACCGGCAAAGCACAGGUGAGGCGCCAGAAGCUCUGGGAGGUGGUCGGCUGCCACAGUUUCCAAAUCAACAAUCUCCUGGACGACGAGUACGAGCCUCGUGACCGUCGUGUCAUUGUGAGGGAGGCCUGCAGUAUGGUGGGUCAAGAGCUGCCGUACUGUCUUGCCACUCGCAACUGCGAGCACUUUGUUACAGAACUACGAUACGGCAAGUCAGAGUCUCGUCAGGUUAAAACAGCAGCUGUGAUCGGAGGCAUAGCCACAGCAGGUGUGGCCCUAGCAGUUUUGGGUGCUGCUCUGUUUUCCAGCUUGAGCAAGGAUGACAACAAAAACAGAAAUCAUAAAUAACAGCAAUGAGACAGCAAGAUAAAAGGAGCGAUCUCGCCAUUGUUUGAGUCAGCUCACCUGGCAGUGAUUAUGAUUACACUGAAUAAACUGUUGCAUGUGUACAAAUUUAAAAA